GUGACAGGGUGUUCAAUCACAGACGCACCACUGUCCCACUCACUCUCCCACUCACUCUCUUUUACACACACACACACACACACACACUCACACACACACACACUCACACUCACACACACGCCUGCUCACGUCCAUACACACGCCCACUCUGUUUAUCACUCCCAGGGUAGCUGCAGUAGCCGGUGGUCACACAGAAAGAGUUGAGCACUGACAUGCAAGCUGAUUUGUCCUUCUUUUUUGUUUUGCCUCGGCUUAGCGGGUUCUUUCUUUUCUUUCUUUUUUCAUAUUUCUUUCCUCCCCCCCCCCGUGACUCAUUCCACACCAACCCGGCGUGAAGCAUCAGCACAUCUUGUUCGUAGCGGCUGUCAAGGAUAAGGAAUAGAGGCCAGGAGAGGAGACGUGGUGCUGAGAUAUUACUGCGUCCUGGAGGCUUGACUGUUUAUUUCUCACAACCUGAAGCCAGCCAGAGCCUCCAGCCGCCAGGGUCUGCAGGAAACCAAUCUGGAAGCUACUCUCUUUAAGGAGCUCAUCACUUGGACUUGCCCUUUGCAGCGUUUUCAACUAGUUGCAAAGUCUCCUUUGGGAUUUUCUUCCAGGGCCAGUGAACUUGUAAGGAUCCAGUCUGAGUGAAGUUUUGUUUUUGUUUUUUUGGGGGAUAUUUUCCCUUCUUUUUCUUCUUGAGAUGAUGCUGGACACAAAUCCGUGCCUGCGCAUUAGUCCUUCCUCAUUCGGGACCCGUCCAAUCACCAGCGCCAUGGAGAAGCAAGCCAGGCGAUUGGACUACAAGCGACGUGCCUGUCAGAGUUUGAGGGAAGUUCUCCAGCUCAAGCUACAGCAGAGACGGACUCGGGAGGAGCUGGUGAGCCAGGGGAUCAUGCCACCACUGAAAAGUCCAGCUGCCUUCCACGAACAGAGACGGAGUCUAGAGCGCGCUCGGACUGAAGACUACCUGAAGAGGAAGAUUCGCAGCCGGCCAGAGAGGGCGGAGUUGGUCAGGAUGCACAUUCUGGAAGAGACAUCAGCCGAACCGUCUCUCCAGGCCAAACAGCUGCAGUUGAAGCGGGCACGUCUGGCUGACGACCUGAAUGACAAGAUCUCCCACCGGCCUGGACCCAUGGAGCUCAUCCACAAGAACAUCCUGCCUGUGCACAGCAGCCUCAAGCAGGUCCUCAUAGAGACGGAGUUCUCCAGGGUCAUAGGUGAAAGCUCCUCUUUCGAUGAAGACAGCAGUGAUGCACUUUCUCCAGACCAACCAGUCAAUCAGGACUCUCCGCUUGGCAGUGUCCCUCUGCCCUCUCCUCCAGACGUUCUGGCCAGUCACAACGUCUCCCCAACUGAGUUUCUAUUGCAGGUCCCUCCCCCUCCCCCUCCGCUCCCCAUCAUCUCUGGCCACUCCCCUUCUCAGAAGCUGACCAAUGGGACAGCAGCUCAAAGGCCCUCUUCAGGACUUGUGAAGCCUCCUCAGGCCAAACCCACCUCGGACCGUCCCCCGCAGCGGCCCAAGAAGCCCAAGGACAGCAAGCCCAAGGUGAAGAAGCUCAAGUACCACCAGUACAUCCCGCCGGACCAGAAGGCGGAGCGCGAGCCGCCGCCCCAGCUGGACUCCACCUACGCCAAGAUCCUGCACCAGCAGCAGCUCUUCCUGCAGCUGCAGAUCAUCAGCCAGCAGCAGCAGCACUACAACUACCACACCAUCCUGCCCGCGCCGCCCAAGCCCCCAGCCGAGCAGCUGCCUUCGGCAGCCACAAUCACCACCUCCACCAACACCGGUCCCUCUCCAUCAAGAACUGUCCCUCCCACCACAUCCAACUCCUCCAAUCAGAGUGGGUCCAACCGGCAGGCCAGCCAAUCGGCAGCAGGGGCCAAACCUGGAUGCCUCCCCCCUAACCUGGAUGAGUUCAAGGUGGCCGAGCUGAAGCAGGAGCUCAAGCUGCGCGGCCUGCCCGUCUCGGGCACCAAGAACGACCUGAUCGAGCGGCUGCGUAACUACCAGGAGCAGCACGGAGGGGGCCUGGCCUCCACCGCGUCCAUCUCGGGGCCCGGCGGCCUCAAAUCCCAACUGCACUUCCAGCAGCCCGCGGUGCCACAGCAGGUCUGCGCCUCCUCGCCCGUCCUCGCCACUGCUGGUGGCGCCCACAUGCUGCACCCGUCGGGCGACGGCAGCGGCGUGGUCCUGGCCACAUUCCCGUUUGUGACGGCAGCGGUGGCCGGUACCGGGCAGGGCUCCGUGCAGCAGCAGCACCACCAGGUCAUGCACUUUGGAAGCACCAGCUCGUCCCCGCCUGUGUCCCCCGCCCCCUCAGAACGCUCGCUGGCCGGCAUGAGCCCGGACGAGGCCAGCUGUAACGGAGACGCGUUCGGAGAGAUGGUGAGCUCUCCUCUCACCCAGCUCACUCUGCAGCCGUCUCCGCCCCAGCACCAGGUGAAGGAGGAGGCGUCCAUGGCGGGCCCCGCGCCCUGCCGCUUCUCCCAGCAGGCCAAGCAGCGAGCGCAGCCUCAUCGCCACCCACUGCUGGACAAGGACCGCAUGCUGCUGGAGAAGGACAAGCAGAUCGAGGAGCUGACGCGCAUGCUGCUGCAGAAGCAGCGGCUGGUGGAGACCCUGCGCCUGCAGCUGGAAAUGGGCAAGCAGGCGGGCACCGCGACAGCAACGACAGCAACGACCAACGAGACCUCCCAGCUUGUGGGAGGUACCGUGCGGGUGAAGGAAGAGCCCCCUGACGUGCCCACCUACCACUGCCUCUCGCCCGUGGACGCCAUCCGCGUCACUAUCAAAGAGGAGGAGGAGGAGGACACCAUCACGGAGGAGCAGAGACGAGAGGAGAUGGACGUCAUGGCUGAGAACAGCAACGGCGGCGGUGACUUUUUCCAGAUGUCGCCGGAGCAGCGCGAGGCGUCUGCGCAGCAGCAGCGCGAUGCCGUGCAGGCGCAGCUGGAGCUGCUGAGGCUGCAGCAGGUGCAGAAGCUGAAGCUCAAGCAGCUGCAGAUGGCCCAGCAGCAGCAACAGCAGCAGACGCAGCAGCAGCAGCAGAAGAUAGUGCUGCAGCACAACCAGACCAACCUGCAGAAGAGGGCCCAGCAGAGGAAGAGGAAGCCUCAGAAGCUGCAGCAGCACACCCUCAUUCAGCAGCAGCAGCAGCAGCAGCAGCAACAACAACAACAACAACAACAACAACAACAAGAACAACAAGAACAACAGCAGCAGCAGACUCAGUUGUCCUCACAACAGAUUUCUCAGGUGUUUAUAAAUCAGCAGGCAGUCUCCACCUCCUCCUUUCCACUGGAUAUCCUCAAAAAUCAUCCCGCCCCGACCCUGGUGAAAGACAGCAACGGCAACCACUUCCUGAUAUCGUUGACCAAUCACAACAUAGAGAGCCAAGGGAACGAUUCCACUCAAGGCAAAAUAGCCAAUGAGAUCACGUUGCAGAGGUUACAAUCUAUGCCUGCCAAGCUUCCCAGCCAGUCAUCACAGGAAACAUCCCACAGUACCUCCCAAUCAAAGAAGUCUAGUCGAACAGGCGCUCAGAACCAGCCAACCAGAAAGGGACUCAAGACAGGAAUACAGGUGUCAACCAAUCAGGCGCCAGGGGCCACAACACCCAUGUCUGCUCCACCCAAUCUGCAGCCGUUCUUCCCCAGCACUGACUCCACCCCGUCUCCAAACCCCACCCCCUCACCUCCCGUCCACAUGGAGAACGGCUCCACUCAGCAGAUGGAUGACCUGUUUGACAUCCUAAUUCAGAGUGGAGAAAUCUCUGCCAACUUUAAGCCAGACCCAGACCCCGCCCUGGCCAGACUAAAGGUCGACAGCCCCUCUCCUUCCUCCCCAGACCACACCCACAUCCAGCUGUCUCCUGCCACCCCUCAGACGCCCGACACGCCCCCUCCCAUCCACGACGCCCUCAGCUCGGACGUCCCCGUAGGCAGCCCGGAGCACGGGGGUGGUGGUGGCCGCAGCGAGUCGUCGGCGGCGGAUGGACGCCUGGAGGACUUCCUAGAGUCCAGCACAGGCACGCCGCUGCUGGGCGCCGAGCCCGGCGGUCCACUGACGCUCAUCGACGAGCUGCACAGCCAGAUGCUCAGCACGUCCAGCAUUCUGGACCACCAGCCCUCGCCCAUGGACACCUUCGAGCUGGGCUACAGUGCGCCCGCCACUGGCCUGGACUUCGCCGACGCCGCUCUGGACACCAUGGACUGGCUGGACAUCACCAUGGGCAGUAGUGGUGGCAACAGCGGGAGUGGAGGAGGGGACACUAGCCCGGCUCACGUCACGAGUCUGCCCGUGGCGCCACCCGGACCGCCCGUGCCCACCAGCAUCUUCUCGGCGGACUUCCUGGACACUUCGGACCUGCAGCUGCACUGGGACUCCUGCUUAUAGUAGACUGUGUCCCUCGAGAUGGACGGACACAGACGGACACUACGCGCUUUCACAUGCACAGCACUCGCUCUUAUGCAAACUCACACACCCCGCCCACGCACACGCUUGUACAGACGCACUUGUCUCCCUCCUCCCUCAACCUUCAAUCAGCUUCAGAUGUCAGUGUAGUUUUAGAGGCAUCUCCAACUUUGAAUGUCAGACACUUGCUGUUGUGUUACAAAAUGGCUUCUCAAACUAGUGUUCGUGGUAUCACAGUUCACAGUAAGCUGAGGGAUCACUGUCUGUAUUGAUACCUCGCAAAUGCCAAAACUCGAGCACUAAAUUUCUUUCUACGGAAUAAAAGUGUUUUUAUUUUUGCUAUAUCAAUUUGAAUGUGAAACGUUCAGCUUCAAGAACAUCCUGAGUUCUCCUAACCUGCAUCGUGUAUAAAUGAAGUGCUCAUCUUGAUAAGUGCCAUAUGCUGUAAGACAAAAAAAAACAACAUCCAUUUUAAAAUGGGUUUUAUAGCUAGCAUUAGCAUCUUUGUUAGCAUUACCUGUAGUGAAUGUGUAAAAGGCAGAGACUCAGGUGUAACAGUCCCAUGAUCACACCACAGCCUGUGCAGGAGGACUGCUGAAUGAGGUCAGGUAACUGAAGGGGGUGGUCCCCACAAUCUUUUUAUUUUUAGGAUUUAUGGAAAAUGUGUUUCUUGCUAUAUCAUGUAUAUAUGGGUAAGCGAUUACGUUUUAAUUGAGUUUGUAUUGGCUUUGUAUUGUUUCAUUGAUUUUGUUUUUUAAUUUUUAAUAUGUAGUUACACUUACAGUGAGAAGCACUUCACCUUGACUCAUAGAGAAUUAACCAUAGAAACAGAGGUUCUCUUGAGUCUUUGUUAGCCAACAGUGCUGUGCAUCACUUUGGUGAAACCUGCUGAAUGGUGUGAUUCUGGAACCUUCUCUUUGCUCAGCCUCAUUUUACUCUAAUAAGCACUGUCAACACAGGACUCCAUGUCUCCUUACUAAGACAAUAGUUGUCAUCCAUUCUCGCAUAAUACUUAUCAUCAUACUUUUUUAUGCCUUAAGAUCCUAUGACAAUAUGGCGUGUCCAACGAAGUGAGAUUCCCUGUGAGCUUGCCAAUGUCAACUCUGUGUCGAAACUUGACAGCACCUGCAGCUUCUGUCGACUCAGCAGGUGUGAAACAUCACAGAACGUGUCUGUUUGACACCUUAGCAGUCAAUGACUUCGCCACACUCUUCACUUUUAAUCUUAGGUAUCAAGAAGCAUCAAGAGACAUACUUGUCUUAAGAUUUGUAAAAAAAAAUAAUUCUGUAUGUACUGUAUGUAUCCGACAGCUAUAGACAAUGUAAUGUCUUUGAUAGGGACACUUCAAAGCGUUUUUUAGCAGUGUUUGUCGUUGCACGGUGCCACACAGUAAGUUCUUGCUAGGGAGAGACUGAUCGAGGCAGCUGAUUAUGGCAGCUCUGCAAACAGAGGUCAAGGUAACUGCUGUUCUCGCCAGGGUUCUGGAAGGAUCUGCGGAUGAGUGUUCUAACAGCUGUCCAACUCAGUCGGACUCCCGAGCAUCUCCUAGCGCACUUCCAGCAUGCACAGCUUCCUUUGUUCAUUAUCACACACACACACACAGACUCACACUCACACACAUGCACUCACACCCACAUACACAGACUGAACAGCACCACUUGCAUGUAUUUCAAAAUGUUUUUGAAGGGGAAAUUUGAGUGAGUUGUAUUAUUUUUGAAUGUGUGUGUGUGUGUGAGCAAGAGAGUGUAUGUGUGUGUGUUUGUGUCUUUGAAGGGGACAGGAUCAUGGUAUAAUUUUUUCUUUGACUUUGCACUUAAAAUUGGUGGCGCAGGUGCCUUUUCAAGCCCCCACCCCACCCUUCUAUUGGACUAUUAGUUUGGAAGGGUCACCAUGACACGAUAUGCUUCCUUCUCAUUGGCUGUACAGGACAUUUGUGGGUGGGGCUUAUGGCUGAGGGUGGGACUGCUGUCUGGGGGCUUCACAUGCACUGAGACAUUAGUUGAAUUGUUUUCUCUGUCGUCUGCUUUCUUUUAUUUUUUAGAAAAGACAAAAAAAGACACUUGAAAAUAAAAUGUUGAUACAA